CGCCCCUCCUCCUUCGCGUGCCCCCCUCUCUGUCUGCAGCCAUGACAAAAAAGCCGUUGUCUCCAAACACAUCGUCUCGGCGUCUUUUGAGAGAUACUUGAUAAGAGACUUAGAGACUGACGGGGCUGGCUCUCGCGCCUGUAUAUAUAGCCGUCCGCGGCCUCCCUCCGCCACACUCCUGUCAUCUGCUCUCAACAUGGCCGUGGUCUUCUUCUUCUUCGCGGCGACUCUCCUGGCUCCACUGGAGGCCUUCGACCUGAGCCAGUCCACCCGUUGCGUGACCAUCCCCAACAAGAUGAAGGUGUGUCAAGAUGUGGGCUACUCAGAGAUGCGCCUCCCCAACUUCUUGGGCCACAGCAACCUCGAGGGUGAAGUGGUACCCCGCUCCGAAGACUGGAGGCCCCUGCUGCAGACGGGGUGCCACCCCCAAGCCCAGGCCUUCCUCUGCUCCCUCAUCGCUCCCGUCUGUCUUGACACGUUCAUCCAGCCCUGCCGGAGUCUGUGCGUGGCCGUGAGGGACAGCUGUGCCCCCGUGCUUGCAUGCCAGGGGCACCCUUGGCCCCAAGCACUUGACUGCCAACGCUUCCCCUCCGAGGAAGACAUGUGCCUCUCUCCGCAUGCCAAGUUCAGCCAUUUUGCAAAAGACUUUCCCAAAGCAGCUUGUCAAAACUGUCCCAUGGUGGAAGAAGCUCCGGCUAUGAAAACAGUCCUGGAUGCUUUUUGCCAACAUGACUUCGCUGUUACCGCUAAACUGCACCACCGCCGCCGCUUCCUGACGGGCGAGCCCGAAUUUGAAGUCGAGGGCCGCGUGGAGUUCAUUCGCCAGGGCCCGCUGUUACCCUACGACACCCACCUUCUGCUGCACCAGUGGCUGCUCAUCAACGUUCGCUGCGCCAACGCGCUGGUGCGGCCCGGACGUUCACAGCUCUACCUGCUGACCGGCUCCGUGCUCCCCGACGGUACCCUCGCCAUCGCCCGCCUCUUCCCCUGGCACAAGAAGGAGACCAACAUCGCUGUGGCCACGCGCAAGUGGAAGCAUCACAGAUGUUGAGAGCAAAUAUUGACCUGGAGGAUUUCUUGGCAUUUUGAGGGGAGGGAGGGAGGGAGGCAGAGAGGGGGCGGGUGGGGGGGGGGCCGCACUCCCCCAUCUCUGCUCCUAUAGCACACUGUAAUAGAAUGCACUCCAAGCUGUACAUAUGUAUAUUGACUCUAGAUUCUAUUUUCUAUUUAAAAAGGAUGACAAUAAAAUAUUAGGUACUGUU